AUGGAACAAAAUGACACUAGUAAAGAAUCUCGAUUCAUGAAAUUUGGAAGGAGUUUAACAAUGAGCCUAUAUUUUGUUGGGAUAUGUUCUAUUUCAUGGUUCGUUUGUACUACGAGCAGAAGAAAAGAAUGGGCGGACAUAAUGCUUGAUUAUGUUCAUCACAAAAGAUGUUCUUUCUUAUCUAAUAGUUGGAGUAUGUAUUUGAAGAAACUAAAAUCGUAA